GGAGAGCUGUACUCAGCCUCUAACUCACUCACUCACACUCACUCACUCAUAUCCUCACCCCCCUGUCCUGAAAGCAGCGAGACAGGCUGUGUUUCCCCAUGUAUUGGAAAACAGAGAGCUUAGUUCCUCUGCCAGAGGGAAAUAAACUGCUAUCCGAGGGAAUCCCACCCGAAAAGGUAAUGGCACACGAGCAUCAGGAUACACAAGGCACAGCUCGCUGUGUGGAGAGUGAGAUAUCCCAAAUGAUGCCACAGUCGGACGAUGAAACGUUGGAGUCUAACGUGGAGAAGGAAGAGAUUAGGUCGUGUCCCAGCCCUGUGUCCACUCCGUCCAUCUCCUCCCCUCCCUCCUCGUCCUAUUCCAGCACCUCCACUGACAAAAACAUCUGUGCCAGCUGUGGCCUGGAAAUCCUGGACAAGUAUCUCUUAAAGGUUAAUAACCUGAUCUGGCAUGCUCGCUGUCUGGCUUGCUCGGUCUGCAGAACUUCUCUACACAGAAACGCCAGCUGUUACAUCAAAAACAAAGAGAUCUUCUGCAAAGUGGAUUAUUUCAGCCGGUUUGGCACCAAAUGCGCCAGAUGUGGCCGACAGAUUUACGCCAGCGAUUGGGUGAGGCGGGCGCGAGGCAAUGCCUACCACCUGGCGUGUUUCGCCUGCUUCUCCUGCAAGAGGCAGCUCUCCACGGGCGAGGAGUUCGGCUUGGUGGAGGACAAGGUCCUCUGCAGGAUCCACUACGACACCAUGUUGGAAAAUCUCAAGCAGGCGGCAGCCAACGGUAAUGGACUGACCUUAGAGGGAGCAGUGCCGUCCGAUCAGGACAGUCAACCCAAACCGGCCAAGAGAGCACGGACUUCCUUCACCGCGGAACAAUUACAGGUGAUGCAGGCACAGUUUGCACAGGACAAUAAUCCUGACGCUCAGACUCUCCAGAAACUUGCGGACAUGACCGGGUUGAGCAGACGUGUUAUUCAGGUCUGGUUUCAAAACUGCAGAGCUCGACACAAAAAGCACACUCCGCAGCAUUCGGUGGGCCAGCCCGGACCGCCCCGCUCACGCCUGCCUCCCUCCCUCCAAGAGGAUCUCCAUUACCAGCCUUUCAGCCACCACGAACGCACCAGGAUGGUGGCACUUCAUGGCUACGUGGAAAGUCAUCCGUUCUCAGUCCUGACAGCACAGUCCAUUCCUCACCAGGCGUUGGCUCUUCCACAGAUGCCAAUCAGUCGUUGACAGAAAGCUCUCCGAAGCAAGUGAUGGAGUUCAUCCUCCAAGUACUGAGUCGGAUGAAUGAACCCCGCUUUGUGUACGUUUCUUACUCCUGUGUCAGCAGGCAUCGGGACCUCUCUGUUCGCUGCUCACCAGACCUCAGUUUCAGAGUUGUACUUCA